AUGUCCAAAUCCUGGCUGUUCAAGGGCAAGGACAAGGCUACUCGGCCAACGGAUGUUGCCAGCACCCCCGCCUCUCAGUCCGGAACUUCGACGCCCACCUCCAGCAGUGGUCGGGAAAGGAUCCGUGACACGGCGAUUCCGAUCCUAGAUCUUGGUGCUGCAAUCUCCGAGAGUUCAGAUGUGCUCGCUCCCAUGAAAGCAGCUUGUAUGGCCACGAGAAAAGUCCUCGAGAUCUCGCGCGCUAUGGAGAGCAACAAGGAAGGCUGGAAUACUCUCGCUGAACGUCUCAAAGACCAUCUAAAAUCGAUGCAAGAGCAGAUCACCAUCUUUGAGGGCUAUCCCGAGGAGAGGCUCAAGGCAUACGACUCUUUACGAGAGCCACUGCUGGCCUAUGUCAGGCAAGCUUCGCGCUACAAGCCAUGGGACUCAGCUGAUACCACGAACAGAAAGCUCGACAAAAUACAGCAAGAUGUCGAAAAGCGAACCCGUUCCCGAUUCUUGUCUCGCGCGACCAAAGUGGACUCUGACGCUGACGACAUCAAAAGGUUUAACGACGCCAUCGACCAUUGUCAUCAGAACCUUACGGCCGCUCUAGCCGUAUCCAAUUCUGUUCAUAUCCAAGCAGUCAAAGCCGACACUGAGGAUAUAAAGGAGGAUGCACGAGAAAUCAAGGACAACACCAAGACACUGUUAACAGAAGGCAAGAUGACAAUUAGGCAACUCCAGAUUGUUUCCCCGAAAUCGCCUACAUUGCACGAUCAGUGCAAGGCCGGAACACGCGUGGCCGUCCUCGAAACCAUCCGCCGUUGGGGGGAGGGCGAGUUUCCUGAACCCAUCUUCUGGCUCUGCGACAUUGCUGGGUCAGGUAAAUCGACAGUUUCGACUACUAUGGUCGCAAAGUGGAAGGAGGCGCAUCUACUCGGUGGCCAUUUCUUCUUCUCUAUGGCCAACAGUGAAGAGAGUACGAUUGACAAAAUAUGUCCAACUUUUGCCACGCAAAUCUCCGAAAACAUUCCGACGCUGAUCCCGGCGGUAGCGGACGCGGUGAGACGACACCCGGCGAUCAUGACAAACACCUUUAAGGAGCAGUUCCAAAAGCUCGUCGUUGAGCCAACGAAGCAUCAUGAUAAAACUGUCAUCAUAGUCAUUGAUGCGCUCGACGAGUGUGAGCCCAAAAGGGAGAGGGACCUCCUACUUGGAGCAGUCUCGGCUGCGGCUCAAACUUCUCCUAAUCUCAAAUUCUUCCUCACGAGUCGACCCGAAUCAGACAUUGAGAAAGCGCUGGGGACGCAGGUGCUCAAGAGAAAGCUCGCGUUUCGGCUUCAUGAUCCCGACUAUCCGGACAACGUCGACGAUGUGGCGGCAUAUAUUCGCGAGAUGCUGAAAGACGAGGAAGGUCUCUCGCCUGAGCAAAUUCUCAACCUGAUCAAGAAGGCAAAUGGUCUGUUCAUCUGGGCAAAGACGGUUUGCGAGAUGUUUGACUCCGACAAGAGAAUCGAACCAGCCGAAGUAAUUUACGAGAGAAUCACAUCCGGAAACAAUCCCAGCGAUAUCGACACUAUAUACGAACUCAUCCUCGACCGCCUCGAACCCAAUGUUCGUCAAGCCUCGGACCGCCUCCUCCCACUCCUGGUUGCCGCCUUCGAGCCGCUCGCCCCAACGAGUCUGGAUAUAAUUAUCAAGGAAUUUGGAUUAAAGUUGGAGACGAAAACCGUGGUCAAACGGCUGGGUAACGUCCUGCAUGUGGACCAGACCACCGGACUGAUCAGGUUCCGCCACCCGACAUUUGUCGAAUAUCUGAAGCGGCGUAGUCACCCAGAAGGAUACCUUAGUGGACCCCAGGUUCACGCUACCCUGGGAGAAUGGAGCCUGAAGACGAUGAAGGACAAGCUCAAAUUCAAUAUAUGCAAACUUGGUUCAUCUUCUCUUCGCAAUAGAGACGUAGGAGACUUUGAGGACAGGGUUACCAAGCUCGUUCCGCCUGAGCUACGUUACGCUAGCUCCCAUUGGCUCUCCCACCUUUCUGAGACGGACGACGCAUCCCGACAGAAACUAUUGGUACAAGUUCGACAUGCUAUACGAGCUCCCCAGGUGCUAUACUGGUUCGAGAUCCUAAGUGUGACCCUUGGAGUAUCACGAGCAAUUGCGAAUCUCCGAGGUGCUGCAAGUCACUUUGAGGAUGAUAUUUACGAUCGCAUGGUGGACAUUCGACGAUUCCUAAUGGCAUAUUCGACGCCGAUCCAAGAGAGUCUUCCCCACAUCUAUCUUUCGGCACUCCCUUUUACUCCAAUCAACUCGAUCCUACGAAAAGAAAGCCUAAAAUGGUUUCCGAAGACCUUCUCUGUAGUUCACGGACUCGACGAGGCGUACCCUAGACUCACCCACGAAAUCAGAGGCCACGAGAAGAAGAUCUCCGCAAUAGUCUUUUCUCCAGACGGCCUCCGCGUCAUAUCCAGCGCAGAGGAUAGUACCGUUCGCAUAUGGGAUCUAGAAACCGGCCAGAUGCUCGGGGAACCUCUGCGAGGACAUACUGAAGGGGUCAACUGUGUCGCGGUAUCCCCCGACGGAUCUUGUAUUGCUUCAGGAUCCAAAGACCGAUCCAUUCGUCUAUGGGACCCUGAAAACAACUCCGCAAUAGGGGACCCAAUGCGUGGGCAUAGCAGCUGGGUAUCAUCUCUAUCAUUUUCGCCAGACGGUCUACACAUCGUCUCCGGUGGGCAUGACUGGAAUAUACGCUUGUGGGAUGUUAAAGGCCGAGUGCCUGUAGGAGAGCCACUCCGGGGUCAUGAAGGCGUCGUGACCUCGUUAGCUUUCUUUCCAGAUGGUUCACGAGUCGUUUCAGGGUCGGAGGAUAAAACUGUUCAAUUAUGGGACAUGCAGACUUUGCAACCGAUAGGGGAGCCGCUAAGAGACCACGACGCACGCGUUACGUCCGUCUUGGUCUCAAAGGAUGGUUCGCAAAUUCUCUCAGCAUCCGCUGAUGUGAAGAUUCGGUUCUGGGACAGUAAGACUGGUGAACUAUUGCGAAAGUGGUCGCCAAUGGGUUAUGCCGCUGGUAGAAAUGUCGUCUUUUCUUCAGAUGGCUCGCGUGCGGUCACCAUUGGCGAGUCUGGGAUCGUCAUGUGGGAGACAGAAAGUGGUAUAAUGGUUAAGGCGCAACAAACAAGCAUAGGGGACUCCAUCCAUACUGUCGCGCUUUCGAGAGAUGACAGAUAUGUGGUCUCGGGAUCACACAAGGGAGUUAUUCGACUAUGGGAUGGGCGCAAUUUCCUACCGUUGGGAAAGAAGUCUCAAGGCCGUGGGGAUGCGAUAUUCUCCGUCGCAGUAUCUCGCAAUGGCUCGAUGAUUGCAUCCUGCUCGACCGAUGCGACUAUUCGCCUCUGGGAUACAAAAACGGGCAAGGAGCGUGGGCGACCACUUCGACACGAUGGUGUCGUUCUCUCGGUAGCCUUUUCAGCAGACGACUCGCUCAUUGCCUCUGGUGGGAGGGAUCGAGUAGUACGGGUAUGGGAAGUUGAUACCCAUAAAAAGUAUGGAGAGCCACUUCAGGGACAUGAAGCGAUCAUUCUGUCGUUAUGUCUUUCUCAUUCUAGCUAUACCAUCGCUUCAGGCUCGGAAGACGGCAAUAUUUUUGUGUGGGACGAGGCUGAGGCACCAGGGAGGCAUUUCCAUGGCCAUCUCGACAGUGUGCUCUGUGUUGCCUUCUCUCUCGACGAUUUGCACUUGUCUCUGGGUCUCGAGACGAAAAUCACUCAUAUCGGACUCAUAAGCGCCAUCUCUGUAGCCAUGUCUCUUGAUGGAUCGUAUAUCGCCGCUAGCUCCGAGAGCCCCAGCACUGUCCUUGUGUUGAACACAACAACAGAGGAGGAGUCCAUUGUCCAGUUACCUGGCCGCAAUCCCAAAGUUUGCAGCGUCGCAUUAUCGUAUGAUGGAUCACAACUUAUCUCCGGUUUAGAAGAUGGGACAAUACAGAUGCGGGACAUUCCAUCGGAUCAAGCGUUGGGAGCGCUACGAGGUCACACCUCUGAGGUGACAAAGGUUCUGCCUGCACGCGACGGGAGCUGUAUUGCCUCUUACUCGAAUGACUACACGAUUCGAGUCUGGAACACCCUAACGUUAGACACGGACGCUGCGACUACCUCAGCACAGUCUAUCCAACUAUCAUCACACUCUGCUGCUAGCCACAAAUUCUCAAGUGAUGAACUCGAGAGGAUCGCCCUCUCCGAUGAUGGUUGGAUAACAUUGGAUGCCAAACUUCUUUUCUGGGUUCCUCCGAAUCACCGUCAUGGCCUUAAACACCCAUGCAUGUUGACCAUAACGUCUACUAGUCAUCUUCGUAUGACAAAGUUCGACUUUAGGAACUUUGUUUGUGGCACGUCUUGGGCAAAUGUUCAACGAGACGCACCAAAUUAG